AACUGGACGUUUUCAAACUGUACAACGUCGCCAGUCUUUGGCUGACAAUUAUAUGUCUAUAUAUCUCUCUCUGUAUAUAUAUAUAAACGUAUUGAAUAACACUUGUGCUGCUCAACGUGGCUUCGCAUCGCGAAAAUGUCGUUUGUGAGAGUGGGGCGUCCUCACCAGCAGAACAAAGUGAAAAGGUCUGUUCGCCCCAAGAAAGCAGCAGCUCCCAAAAGAGAGUGGGUGAGCACUGUCAACGACCUCUCUGUGCACAAGCUGACGGCUGCAGAGCUGAGUCAUCGACAUGAGAUCCACAAGUCCCACAACAAGGCGGCAGCUCAGUGGGAGCUGAAAGAAAAGGCCUUGAAGCGCCGUCUCAGACAUGCGUUUAGCCCUCCACCCCUGGACAAGGCGAGCCUCAGCAUCAUCAGGGAGGUUUUCUCUGAUCAGCUGCUGCUGCAGGAUGUGCUCGCCCGCUCUGACAGAGCCAUGGCUGUGGUCAAGGACUUGUUCGGAGAUGCCCCACGCAGACAGACUGGUCAUCCGAGUGUGACUGCAGCACCAAACUGUGACUCUGACUCAGAACUACCUGUUCUCCAGAGACCAGAUCCUCCAACUCAUCUGUCUCUGCUCAGCCAGUCUAUGAUGGACCAGGAGGCUCUUAAUGAACUGGAAGCUUCAGGAGACGACCGCAGACACAAAGAUGUCGACCCCUCUGGCAGUUUAGAUGAUCAUGUAAUACGAAGGAGCAAUGUACGUAAAAUGAAGGCUCAGACUCGGGGGAGAGUGAUACAGAAAGAGAACGUCCAUCCUGCCAGCUAUCAUCAGGGAGACGUUCCUGUGACCCCCUGCACAUCGAACAGAGCCCCAGACCAAGCAGCUCUCAAUGCCACAGUGGCUGUGCAGCGUGUUCAGUCCAAACAGAAUCGGUCAGAGGAAGACAAAGAAGAAACCCCGGUUCUGGUCUCUCAAGUCCUGAAUCCUGACCUGCCUCUCAGCCAGUCAGGAAGGAUCAGCAGUCGCAACAGGACCAGGAAGUGUUUUUCCCAGAGUGCAGGGCUGGACGGCUCCUCUUUUGCCUCUCUGAGUGGAGACCAGUCCAGUCUGGGCCUGCUGCAGACCAUGCUGGGUCAGGUGGAGGCAGAUCUGGAUGCUCUGUGUCCUGACGCAGCACCAGAAUCAGCAGAAAGUUCAAAGCAGCACCGAAAACAAGGCCUCACUGGAUUCUCUGUCGCCUUGGUCUCCACUCUCGGACGAUUAGUUCACCUGAUUAAAAAGAACGAAGAGGAGGCUGAGAAGGAGGCUGCGGAGAGGAGAAGAUUAGAGGACGAGCUGAGAGAGCAGCGGGGGCUCAUUGAUGCUCUGACCGCUGAAACAAUGACUCUGAGAGAAAAGGCCGGUACCCUGCAGACGAGGCUGCAGAAGCGGACGGAGGAACUGGAGCAGAAGUUGGACACGGUCGUGUUGGUGAUGGGAGGACUCGGUCCACUGGGAGACCACGUUCACCCAUCAGCAGACUCCGACGUCAACGCUGCAGGUUGCCAGUUUGCACCUGUUGCUAAGCGACUUCCAGAGCAAACACACGUUCCCGUUUCCCCCGCUGUCCUGCUCUCCCCGCCUCGACAGAGAGACAACUGGCAACAAAGCCCUGCGCCUCAUCCUCCCUCUGUAGAUAUCCUACAUUCCUAUGAUCACGUCCAGGCUCAUGACUCAUCCGCUAGUCUCAACAGUCUGCCCCUCACCACGCUGCCUCCCUCCUCCUCCUCCUCCUCCUCCUCCUUGCUAUCGCUGACCCCAGAUGCAAUGUUGGCUGAGAUAGCACAGCUGAGCAGACAGAACGAGCUGAUCAAGGCUCAGCUCAGCCAGGUUCGGGGCCUCGGCUCGGGGGUCGGAGGGUCGCUCGAUAGCAUCGGCGUCGAGCGGAGGAGGUCGGGUUCCAGCGGCGCGGGGAGAGUCACUCCUCAGGGUCCUGGAGAAAGACAGAUGACUGUGUCAGGCAGCGCAGGCAGACGGAGCCAGCAAACCCAGCCCCCUGAAAAAGAGCAGCCAACUCAGCAGGUAGCGUCCUCUGACACCCCCAGUCCAAACAGUGUGGAGCAGCGCCUCCUGGAGCUGAACAGGCAGAGCGCAGCAGCCAGGGGUCGACUGCUGAACCUCAUUGAGCAGCAGAAGCAAAGUAUUUCAGUCAAAGUCUCCCCCUCUGUCUCCCCCAUCCCUCCGUCUGCCUUCAGCCCGAACACAGCAGCUGGAGGAGGAAGCUGGGAAGAGUCGAUGCUGCUGCCUGAACAGGAGCCUCGGCCCCAUAGCGCUGGUUGUGAGAGACGAUAUGCAGGUUCAGAUGUGUCUUCUCACAGUUCUGGAGGAGGAAGCAGGGAUGGGAGAACACAGAUGGACAAGCAGAGGGAGCGAGACGGAUGGUUUUCCUUAUCCGCUCACGUCAGAUGACAGGAGGAAGAAGAACCCGAACAAACCUUCAAUUAAAAGUUGUGUUUUUAGUCUGUUACAUGUACCUUUGUUUUUGUUUUUUUAAAUUAAAGUGUUUUUAAAAGAUU